AUGCGUUCCGUCAGGGCCAAUCGCCUCCCGCUGAGGCCCCUCCCUCGCUACACGUCCACCACGUCGUCCUCCCCAGCUCCCAAGGCGGCCGCCCUGAGUUCAGUGCUCAUUGCGAACCGCGGCGAGAUUGCCAUCCGAAUCAACCGCACCGCGGAGCGUAUGGGCAUCCGCGCCACCACAGUCUACACGGAUGUCGACGCGGGCUCGUGGCACGCCUCGACCGGAUACCAGUCCUUGGGCCUUGGCCCCGCCAACGGCUACCUCGACGGAGACAAGAUCAUUGCGUUGGCCAAGAAGCACGGCAUCCAGGCGCUGCACCCCGGAUACGGCUUCUUGUCCGAGAACUCUCAGUUCGCCGAAAAGUGCGAAAGGGAAGGCAUUGUCUUUGUCGGGCCGCCCGCGGCCGCCAUGGCCGACAUGGGCAACAAGGCGAGGAGCAAGGAGAUCAUGACGGCUGCCAAUGUGCCCUGCGUCCCCGGCUACCAUGGCGCCGACCAGGGGGAGCAGGAGCUGCUCCAGCAUGCCAGGGACAUCACGUUCCCCGUCCUGCUGAAGAGCGUACGUGGCGGCGGCGGCAAGGGCAUGCGGAUUGUCAUGACAGAGGACGAGUUCAUGACCCAGCUGAAGAGUGCGCGCGCCGAGGCCCGCGCUUCGUUCGGCGAAGGCGGCGAGGUCAUGCUGGUGGAGAAGUACAUCGUGCGACCGCGUCACGUCGAGGUCCAAGUGUUUGCCGACCGGCACGGCAACACGGCGGCGCUCGGCGAGCGGGACUGCAGCGUCCAGCGGCGACACCAAAAGGUUCUCGAGGAGUCUCCGGCCCCCGACCUGGACGAGGCCACGAGGCAGGACCUGUGGGACAAGGCUCGCAAGGCCGCUUCCGCCGUGGGCUACGUCGGCGCCGGGACGGUCGAGUUCAUACUCGACAAGGACAGCGGCAACUUCUACUUCAUGGAGAUGAACACCAGGCUGCAGGUCGAGCACCCCGUCACCGAGAUGGUGACGGGCCUGGACCUCGUCGAGUGGCAGUUCCGCAUCGCCGCCGGCGAGGAGCUGCCCCUGAAGCAGGCCCAGGUAGAGGAGCGGAUGAAGCGGCUCGGCGCCGCCGUCGAGGCCCGCAUCUACGCCGAGAACCCCGAGAAGGGAUUCAUGCCCGACUCGGGCAAGCUUGUCCACGCGCUCCUCCCCGAGCGCGUCCAGGCCGACCCGGACGUCAGGCUGGACUGGGGCUUCGGCUCUGGCAGCACCGUGUCCGAGGCCUACGACGGCAUGAUUGCCAAGCUGAUUGUGCGGGGAGAGAACCGCCGCCAGGCCAUUGCCAAGCUGGCCGCCGCCCUGCGUGCCUUUGAGAUUGUCGGCGUCAGCACAAACGUCGAGUUCCUCAAGCGCCUGUGCCACUCGCCCGCCUUCAUCGACGGCGACGUCGAGACCGGCUUCAUCGACAAGUGGCGCGACGAGCUCUUCCGGCCCAGACACAUCAGCGACGAGGUCUUUGCCCAGGCCGCCCUCGGCGUUCUGAGCCUGCAGCUGCACGGGGCCAGGCCUCACGGCCAGACCCUAGGUUUCGGCGACGCCAGCGCAUCCAGCGAGCGCAAGCUGGCCUUCAAGGUCCUCGACGGAUACAGCGACAAGGAGGGCGAGAUUGUCGAGGCGGCCGUCACUCAGGCCGGACACGGCCUGUACAGCGUCACCGUCUCACGAAAGGGACAAGAGGCCCCCACCGUCUUCAACAACGUCGCCAGCGAGCCUGCCCCCGAAGGCGCCGUCAUGAAGCUGCAGACCUACUUCCCCGCCGAGAGGAUACUGUCCUCUGUCGUCCCUCAGACCCAGGGGAACGAGACCAAAAUCACCGUCUUCCAGCACGGCGUCAAGACCGAUCUCUGUCUGCUGCCCCCGUCGUGGUACGACAAGGCGCUGGGACUCAAGGAGAUGGCCGCCUCGGUGGUUGCGCCAAUGCCCUGCAAGAUUCUGAAGAAUGAGGUCGUCGAGGGCCAGGAGGUGCAGAAGGGAACCCCCCUCGUAGUUAUCGAAUCCAUGAAGAUGGAGACGGUGAUUCGAUCGCCGCAGGACGGCGUAGUCAAGAAGCUGGCGCACAAGGAGGGUGACAUUUGCAAAGCGGGUACGGUUUUGGUACUUUUUGAAGAGGGUGCAGCCAAGGAGGAGGCAUGA